CCCCGUUAAUUUCCACGAUAAAUUAAUCGUCGACGAUACUUCUAUUCGCAUCAGGACCUUCAAUGGGACUCUCGAUCGCGAGUAUGUUUUGAAGAGAGAAAAUGCCAUCCGAAACGGAGGAAACUGCCGGGGGCAGCGUUUCCAGGGAAGAGGAGGACACCGAGAGAUCGAAUGAGCGGUCCGUCGCACUGAUGACCCUGAAUUCCGCGAAUCAAGACUCGGACGUGUCCGCGAAGCACAUGGACACCCGCUUGGCGAAUGCCAACGGCGACAGGGUAUCCACGUCGGACGUCAGAGCCAAGUUCUUGAACUCGACCGAGGACGCAGUGUCGACGACGAGUAACAGUGGCUCCGUAACGGCAAAUAAUUUGCUCGAAGCUGAGAAUUUGUAUCCCCAAGAUAAGACAGAUAUAUCGGUACUAGUUAAACAAGCCGAAGAAAGUGACGACGACGCAGGUACUACAUGCAACGAUAUGGUACAAAAUUCGAGUAAAAAAUCAAUUUUUCUUGCUCAUAGAAAUCUGUCCAGAAAGAAAGGUUUGUUAGCGGAGAGCAUUUCUGAAAUUCAUCUUAACGCCUCGGAAUUGGCGGCCAGCCCCAACAAUGUCCCGGAUGAGGGGAAGGCUUACGGAUCCGAGAAGAGUGAUAGUAUCGAUGAAUGCGAUUACGAAUCGAGCGCGAGGAAUUUGUGUAAUAAUAAUAUUGACGUUGCGCCGGAUGCUAGGCACAAGUCGAUUGACCGGACGAUACCCUUCCAUUCGUGCAAACAGUUCUUGAAAGACGGCCCUGCCGCGAACCACGGCAGUGACAUUGUGAAUAUACUAUUAAAAACGUCUGGCAAUGACGAUAAAGAUUGCAACGUAGAUCACGAUAGUGACUUAUCGGCGGACGGAUUAACGUCUCUGUCUUUAGACACAUCCAAAGAGUCGUCGAAUUCGCAAAGCGCAACUUCAGCUAGUUGUAACAACGUGAUUAACGACGUGAAAAUAUCUUUGAAUACCUCAGACAAUAAUAAUAAGAAUGCUCUCGAAAACGCGAUUGACGGAGAUGAAUUGCCCGGCUCGUCGGAACACGUUUGUAAGGAGAUGUCAACGUCGCAAGACGCGGGAUACGCUUCUCCGUGCUACAAUGAUUCCGCGAGCACGAGUAAACCGUUUAAACUGCCAAUCUUAGAGAAGAUGCCUAAAACUGCCAGUGUUCAGCAAUCGGAGAUCGAGGAGAACGCGGUAGCGCUUUUGGAUUCGUCAUUUACCAGACAAAAUCAAUUAGAAGGAGUUCGUUGCCUAGAUUUGGAGCCUCGUUCGUCGAAUAGCAGCGAGGAGAGUAAUUCGGAUAUAGAGUCGCAGCAUGCGAGUACAAGUAAUAAUGAUAGUAAAAAGAGACAGUGCAGACCCAACGGGAUUGUAACGAAAGAAGGAGCGGAAUAUUAUCAGCUGUGGCGCAGCACAGGCGGUCACUCAUCUCCCGAAUCUUUAUAUGAAACUCUCUAUCCAAUGCCACCGCCGCUUCCACCAAGAGCGGCGCAUCGACCGUUACACAGAAGUAACGCUUUACCAAGCGGCGCACCGGAAUUACCUAAACGACAUCAAAGGCAUCCCGCGCCGUUGCACCCUGAGGAUUGUUUUGGAUUUGAGAUUGUAGACGUCGACGAAGCCUCAAACCUCAAGUUGAGGACAGCAGUUACAAAAAGUAUCGCUCUAUUAAGUUCACCAAGAUCGCACAGGCAACGAGAGAGGCCAGAGUCGUCGAUGGCUAAUCAGAUGGAGUGCCCGCCCACACCAACGCAUCGACCCAAACCCUUGUGUCCAUUGCCCGUAUGCCAAACGUCAAACGUCUCUUUAUCCUCGGAAGAACCUCUACCUCCGUCGUGGGAAGCGAGAAUAGACAGCCACGGCCGAGUAUUUUACAUUGAUCACAUCAAUCGAACUACAACGUGGCAAAGGCCAAACUUGACGACACGCAAUACUGGUUGCGAUCUACGAAGGCAACAAUUGGACAGACGUUACCAGAGCGUACGACGAACCAUCUCUCGUCCGGACAACAUAGAUCGCGAGGCUAACGGACCAAACGGCAAUCCCUUUGACAGUACCGAGCGGAAUGAUCGUACUGAUAGGGCCGAAUCUGAAGGGCCAUUCGAUAUCACUACGAUACCACCGGUGUUAUUCCUAACACGGCCCGACUUCUUUACCGUGCUGCACACCAACGCGGACGCCAUGGAGGUGUACAAUCGUAAUCCAAGUUUGAAGCACAUGAUCAAUAGAGUUAGAAGGGAUCCGAUAGUGUUUCCGAGAUACGAGCAUAAUAGAGAUCUAGUUGCCUUAAUUAACGUCUUUGCCGAUCCGAGCAAGGAACUUCCAAGAGGGUACGAAUCUAAGCUUGACAGGACGGGCAAAAGAUUUUUCAUAUGUCACGCUAGAAAGGCCACGUCUUUUAUCGAUCCACGAUUACCUACGGAAGCUGCACAUUUACGAACAUUACUGGAUGAAGCUCCCGUACCACCGCCCAGGCCGCAACAAGCGUCCGUAACCGCUACUCCCGAUAUACCUGUGGCCUACAACGACAAAGUGGUUGCUUUUCUACGUCAGCCUAAUAUAAUAGAUAUUCUAAAGGAGAGACAUUCUGCGCUGGGACAAAACAUCGCGCUUCGAGAGAAAGUUAAUACUAUAAGGGUCGAAGGGACUACAGCAUUACAGAGAUGGGGCCACGACGUUCCUUUAGCAUUAUUGCUAAGUUUAUUCGAGCAAGAAAUAAUGUCCUAUGUACCUGGUACUAUGGGUAGAUCUCCGCUUGGUAGCCCACAUGCGUCGCCUGGGCUGACAAGGGCUUCUGCCAGAGCUCCUGCACCGUACAGGAGAGAUUUUGAAGCUAAACUUCGAACUUUUUAUCGAAAGCUGGAAAGCAAAGGUUACGGGCAAGGGCCGGGUAAAUUAAAAUUACAUAUUAGAAGAGAACAUCUACUCGAAGACGCGUUUACGCGUAUCAUGGCUGCGUCAAAGAAGGAUUUGCAGAAAGGUAAGCUAGUGGUCAUCUUCGAUCAUGAAGAAGGAUUGGAUUACGGUGGACCGUCCCGAGAAUUUUUCUUUCAUCUAUCACGCGAACUGUUCAAUCCUUAUUACGGAUUGUUCGAAUAUUCAGCUAAUGACACUUAUACAGUGCAAAUCUCGCCGAUGUCAGCUUUCGUGGAUAACUAUCACGAUUGGUUCAGAUUUUCGGGUAGAGUACUGGGCUUAGCGCUGGUCCAUCAAUAUCUACUCGAUGCGUUCUUCACGAGACCGUUUUACAAGGCGCUUUUAAGGAUACCGGCGAGUUUGAGCGACCUGGAGAGUCUAGAUCAGGAGUUUCAUCAGAGUUUAAUGUGGAUCAAAGAAAAGGACAUAAGUAUCGAACCGUUGGAAUUAACGUUUUCGGUAACGGAGGAACUCUUGGGACGAGUCGCCGAGCGCGAGUUGAAGCCAGGUGGGCGAAAUAUCGCGGUUACUGAAAAGAAUAAGAAGGAGUAUCUCGAGAGAGUGGUGCGUUGGCGCCUUGAGCGCGGCGUCGCGGAGCAAACGGAGUCGUUGGUUCGCGGCUUUUACGAAGUGGUGGAUCCGCGUUUAGUGUCCGUUUUCGAUGCUCGCGAGUUGGAGCUGGUUAUCGCGGGUGCGGCUGAAAUCGACCUAAACGAUUGGCGAACACACACCGAAUACAGGAGCGGUUAUCACGAUGCGCAUCCGGUAGUAGAGUGGUUCUGGAGCAGCAUAAGCAGAUUCACUAACGAGCAACGUCUAAGAUUGCUGCAAUUCGUGACCGGUACCUCGAGUAUUCCGUACGAGGGAUUUGCGGCUUUACGUGGAUCCACAGGACCAAGGAAGUUCUGCAUCGAAAAGUGGGGAAGACCAAACAGUCUGCCUAGGGCUCACACGUGCUUUAACCGCUUGGAUCUUCCGCCUUAUCCUACACCCGAGAUUUUAUAUGAAAAGCUGCUGUUGGCUGUAGAAGAGACAAAUACAUUUGGUAUAGAAUAAAGCGAUGAAUAGGAUGUGUAAUUAUCAAGAAUUUUUACAAUCGACAGAAUUAUAAUAGAAUUAUCCAAGUUGCAUUUUCUGCGAAAAAAGAAUAGGACAAGAUUUUGUAUAGGCCUAACGGUUUAUGAAUUGUGGGUCAUCACUAGUUCAAUUUAUUGAAAUCGGAUAUGUAAAUAAUUGAGCAAUCUGCAGCUUCACAAUCUCUCAGAAUUACCAAUUGGAUGAGUUUAAUUUAUUAUGUGAAAUAGAAUGAUUAAAUAUUCUCUCUAAAAUUUUACGAUUCAAUGUGAAUCGAUGAUCAUAAAAAUUCAUGCUUGUUGAUGCAAUCGUUACGUACACGCACUAGGAUCUCGUAAAUCCUAUAAUUUUUCUUUCAGUUUGUCUCAAAUUAGUGGAGCUAAUCCUUUAGUUUUUUUUAAAUUCUUUUUUAAAUCUCUUGUAUUUUCCAAAAAAAUACAUUGUUAAAAAAAAAGAAUUUAACAAAUUUAUGAAUAUCUAUUAAAUCUAUACCAAUUUUAACAAGAAUAGAUAUGUUCUAGAGAUUAUUGCUUCUCUCUCUUUCGCGUGGGUUUAAAAGAAAAUUUAAAAAAUUAUUUAAAUGCGAAGAGAGUAUACUGUUGCUAUUAUUGCUGCUACCACUAAUAUUACUAUUCUGCUAUUACAUUGCUUCUAGUAGUGCUGAUACAUAUAUUAUUGAUAUCCCUACUCUAACUGCUAUUUCUAUUCCUACUUCUUACUGCUAUUGCUGCUAUUAUUUCUAUUAUUACUAUUUCCAUCGCCACUAACUUUAAUAUUCUGCUAUUGAUUAUUAUUUUAUCAUUAUUAUAAUUAU